AUGAUGGGUCACGUUCUGUCUCCCCCGAAGCUGGUGCUUCUGGCUGUGCACCUAGCCAUCAACGCCAACAUUGACAGCUUGGCCUUUCUGACCUCUCGAUACACCACCGUCUUGCGCAAGGAGCUCAUUUUACGAAUACUUCUAACCUACCUUCCCGAGACUGUUAGAUCUAUCGACUAUGUCCCUUUUCUUGAAGAAAUCUCAUCCGGCGAUUUUGCGGACCGUGAAGCGAGCGACAUCGAUUACAAUAUCGUAGAGGAUCUGACGGACGAGCAGGCGGCAAGGAAGGUUCGCAAAUUGCAUUUGCUACCCCUGACUUGGAAAGACACGCCUUUUUGCACUGAUGAUGACCCGGUUACCGUUUUUCUGCUUCGGAGAGCCCAGCGUAUCGAUGAGGAGGCUGGCUUGCUCACCCAAUUACCAGAGCUACUUGGGCCAUUUCUCCAGUACGCCCCAGAUAUUCGUGUUUGGAUGGCCUCAACUUUGCUUCCAUUACUGAGAAGAAACUAUGAAUACUAUCCCACGAAUAGUAUUCCAUACUCGCUUGCCGAAUUUUAUAGCCUUCCCGAUGGCGUUGCAGUUGAUGCCCUUCUGUCUCAGACAGGCGUUCGGUCCGAGGAUUAUGUCUUCGUCGGUCGGGAUUUGAGAGGGCUCCUUGUUCCAUGGCUACAUAAUAAUUUUCGCUGGAAACGAGCUGAAGGGGACGAUGCAGACGAUUCCUCGGGCGAGGAUCUCUACAGCCCAGGCUGGGAACGAGCGAUUGAAUGGCUCUUGUCGCAGAGUUCUAAUUCUUGGAGAGUUGCCGCGGCGGCCAUCGAGCAAUGGGGAGGCGCUGUGGAUGUCGACUUAGGCGACUAUGACACCCUAUGGCUCAACGAGCAGCAGCAACAGUAUCUCGAUCGUCGGUACGCUCGAGCUGUCCUAGCCUGCGCUUAUGUUGUUCCUGAAGCGACUGUCGAAGCGCUCCAGGGUGCUCAUCAAAUGCUCAGAAAGGUUAUGGAUCUUCUCGGCGAAGAUGAGAUUCUACCCCUGCCUUCAGCAGCGGACUCUCUUUCUGCUGUAUCCCACUUAGAAGGCGACAGCGUUCUCAGCCAUAAGAACACAGGCUUCAUGCGGGACGAUCUCCUGAAACACUCAAACCCUCUUACGACACCAUCUAAAAAGGCAACGCAUUUGCUACAUGCCAUCAUAGUUAGUGCGUUUAUCCUGACACGGCUCGGGCAGCCGUGCACUAUCAAGCGGGCGGGCGAUCUUGCUUUCAUCCAGGACGAACGAGAUCAGAAAGCCGAAGCAAUCAAACUAGUGCAUGUCAUUGCCGAACAAGCGACAGGACGUGACGAAAGCUUUUGGAUCAAGGCACGCAACGAACUCCUUUGGUUGCGGAAUUGGGGCAUCACCACCUCUCCAGAUGGCACAGUUAUGGGGGUUUUUGCAAAGGUUAAGCCAGCAGUCAUUGAAACUGAGAUUUUAAAGUCCCUCUUGUCUACAGAGAGAUACGCGUUGGCCAGGUCAAUGUAUGAGGAUGAGAUCGACAAGCUUCUGCCGGAUGAAAUUCUUCGAGACACAAUUAUUGCGGCAGCUCUCAACGCAUAUGACAACGCUUCGAACCCCAACCGAAACAGGGGAGGACUCAAGAAGUGUGACGAGAUCAUUAACGCUUUCCCACGAACCAUUCAUAAAUCUUGUCCUGAGAGAUGCCGCAUCGAUGCUUUGCUCAAGGCGACGCAUGCUCUUAGUGAAUAUCGCUUGGUUUUGAGGCAGGGCGAGCCAUUCAGCCCUGUUGUGCUGCGCGUACACACAGACCCGGUCUCUAUCAUUGGUAAAGUCUUGGAGCAGAACCCGAAGAGCUACACGCGUGUCCAGGAUCUUGCAGAAGUGGGCUCCAAUAUGGUUCGGGCUGGUCUUGUACACCGAAACAGCAAGACUGCCGCCCAGUCUCAAGAAGAUGGUCAAGCACAAAUAGAUGCUACAGAAAAGCGUACUAUUGCCAUGUGCAUCGAGGCGGCCUUGGCAGAGCAUGACUUUGAAACUGCGUACUCAUACAUUGUCAACAGGCUAAGUGGUGCAGCUUAUGGCUCGAAGUCGGCCAGCACGAUAAUGCUAGCUGACGACGACUUUUCGUGGAGAGCCGCACUACAGGCAGGGCAGUAUAUCAGAACGGCAAGGACAGUUCGCCCGACGCACCUAGGCAAUGCCAGUGGCAACCCGGAAAUCCGUCACCUGGAACAGCGUAUUGACUGUCUUGCUACUGCUCUCCGUAUUGCCCCGCCCUCACAACUCCAGGAAAUCCUCAAGUCAUUCCGACGCUGCGAAGAACAGCUUGACUCAGCACUCAGGGAAGAGGCUAUUCGUGAAGCUGACCUAGAUGCUGCCGCCGAUUCUAGCUCGCAUGGCAUGCCUGGUGGAUUCGAUGCAACUUCCGUGGCAGCCCGCUCUCAACGACUACACAGUAGCCAGUCUCGCUCGACGGCAGUGGCCAAGGGAGGCGAUGAUGCACCUAUGUCACUCUUUGACCUCUCUCGUGCCACUGCCCGUGCAGCAUCACGCAACUUCGCUGCGCUUUCGACGCUACAACAGUCCACCGGCGGCAAGGCUCCGGAUCCCGCAGAAGCAGCCGGAAGCAGAACUGCAGACGCAAGUGACGAUCACCGUAGGGCAAGGAAGCGUGACCAGAUUCGUGAAGCUGCUAUGGGUACUUUGACGUCGGGUGUGGGUUGGCUUAUUGGAGCACCAGCAGCACCCACUGAUAAUCGGGGGGCCAGAGAGGACUAA